GUGCGCGUGGAAUCCGGAGCGCUUUUAUAAACGCUGCGCCAGCAGAAACUCAAGAGACGCGCACUGUGCUCGCUCCCGCGGUGCAUCGAAUUUACAAAGCUCGGUCCAAAGAUUAUUCCCGCUUAGAGGUAGCUCAGUUGGUCUCGUUAGAAACUAAAGAACGCGAAGUUGGUCUCGUUAGAAACUAAAGAACGCGAAGUUUUCAAUUAACAUUCCUUAUUUAUUUAACUUUGAUCAGUAUGAUUUGGAUAACUGUGUUCUGCAUCUGCGUCUUGGUAACAUCGCUGCAAACUGAUGCGCGCCUCAUUAAACGCUAUGUGAUCGGCGGAUGUCCGAGUCAGUGCGAUAAGUCAAUGUGUCCAUCGAUGCCAAAGGACUGUCCGACAGGACAGGUGAUGGAUCACUGCAACUGCUGCCUAGUGUGCGCGUCCGGAGAGGGAGAGGCGUGCGGCGGGGUCGGUAAACUGGGGGACCCGGUGUGUGGAGAGAGUUUGGAGUGCUCCGUGACCGGAGGAGUGGGCUUCUCCGCAACAGUCAGGAGGAGAGGGAAACACGGUAUCUGCGUGUGUAAAAGCAGCGACCCGGUGUGCGGCAGUGACGGAGUCUCCUAUCGGAACAUAUGCGAACUGAAGCGAGUCAGUAACCGAGCGCAGAGCCUCCAGCAGCCGCCGGUGCUCUUCAUACAGCGCGGAGCGUGUGGGGCUUCUAUCCAUGAUAACCCCAAUAGCCUGAGAUACAAGUACAAUUUCAUUGCAGAUGUUGUAGAGAAGAUUGCCCCUGCCGUGGUUCAUAUUGAACUGUAUCGCAAGACGGUGUAUUCAAAGCGUGAAAUGGCAGUGGCGAGUGGAUCAGGGUUUGUGGUGUCUGACGACGGCCUCAUUGUGACAAACGCCCAUGUGGUAGCCAAUAAAAACCGAGUGAAGGUGGAGCUUAAAAAUGGAGCCUCGUAUGAUGCUAAGAUCAAGGAUGUUGAUGAAAAAGCAGAUAUCGCUCUCAUAAAGAUCGAUUCACCGAGUAAGCUUCCUGUGCUGCUUCUCGGCCGAUCGGCUGACCUUAGACCGGGAGAAUUUGUGGUUGCUAUCGGCAGUCCAUUUUCCCUCCAGAAUACAGUGACCACAGGGAUAGUGAGCACUACGCAGAGAGGCGGGAAAGAGUUGGGUCUACGAAACUCAGAUAUGGAUUACAUUCAGACCGACGCCAUCAUUAAUUAUGGCAACUCAGGAGGACCAUUAGUCAAUCUGGAUGGUGAAGUGAUUGGGAUCAACACACUGAAAGUGACGGCUGGAAUCUCCUUCGCUAUUCCAUCAGACAAGAUACGACAAUUUCUGGCUGAGUCGUAUGACAGACUGGCCAGAGGUCGAGGAGCGACUAAGAAAAGAUACAUUGGUGUUCGUAUGAUGACCCUAACUCCUGCACUGUCCAAAGAGCUGAGAGGUCGACUGCGCGACUUCCCUGACAUCACAUCAGGAGCCUAUGUGACUGAGGUCAUCUCUAAAACCCCAGCUGCAGCAGGUGGACUUAAGGAGAAUGACGUCAUCAUUUCUAUCAAUGGUCAGCGGAUCUCCUCCGCAACGGAUGUGAGUGCAGCCAUCAAAAAGGACUCCAGUUUACGUGUGGUGGUUCGACGUGGCAACGAGGACGUUAUCCUCACUAUCAUUCCCAUGGAGAUUGACCCUUGACCCUGAACAGAGCUGGUGUUCAUCAACCCCACCAAUGAACUUACCGGGUGUGUCCUCUGCCCCGCCCCUACGAGGGACAUCUGGCCAAAUGUCCUUGUUCUUGAAAUGACAGGCAGGGUGAAAGCUCAGCCUGAGAUUUUAGACUGUACAGAGCACAGUGAUGUAGAUUCACAUUUAUUAAUGUUUUUUUUUUUUUUUUUUUAAUCAAAAUGAAUGAUUUAGAGGAUGCUACUACUGUUUACUGUUCAACAUUAACCAUUGGACAAGAUUAGAUUUUCCAGAAUAUAGAUAGAUAUGCUCUUUCAUUACCCAACAAUAUAGUGCACAGCAACUUGAGGAGCUUUACAGAACCUGAUUGGAAUUUCUAACCAUUUUUGUAAAAUAAAUUGACAUUUUUGUUGUUGAAAAAAUUAAAAACCUUUUGAUAUUG